AAUGGUUUCCAUAUUAAUCUAAUAUUGUUUCCUAUAUUUACUUCUCUUUUGUUUCAAAAACUCCUAGAAUAACAUCUCUUAACCUGUAUUUUUAUGUAGAUGGACCUACUGUAAUUGUAUUCAUUGUGCUCUGUGUGUGUGUGUGUGUAAAAUCAUUUUAUUUAUCAGUAGAUUCACUAUGUUCACCAGAAGAUAAAAGCAUGUUCUCCUUACUUGCAGCAUAGGUUUUUCAGGAUUAAUCUGUAUUGAUGCUCAUUCUAUAGGCUUCCUCUAUCAAAGAAAACACAAUGUUUUGGCCUCUGUUAUUCCUCUCACACACACUUCUCCUAUGUAAUUUUUGAAAUGUCUUUUUUUUUGUAGCCCUAAACUAAUAUAGCUAGAGGUCUUCUAGUCAUGCUACUAUCUCUAGGAGAAAAAUAACAUGUUGAAUUCUUCAAAUUUUAGACAAGACUGACAGUCUUAUGUGCAUACAAGUACAUACACAAGAUGAUAAUACAUUGUAUCGGGCCUUUGCUAGAUUUCCCUUAGCAACUGCCUCAGUUAAUGGCCACUGUACAAACUGCUGAAGAAAAGAGACAUUUAUUCUUGCACUGGCACUUUUUGACCCCUUAGUGAUAAUUUUGUGGUUCUUUUGAUCAAAGUGCUAGUUAAGGUAAAAUUACCUUUAGAUUAUAUGUAUACGUUUAAAGGUUAACUAAGUUGGCUUUAAAAUGUAAUCAUCUCUCACUGGCAGAAGAAUAGGAUGAAAAUUUGCUUUUCAUUGUAUGUUCCUUUGUAUCUUUCAAGUAUUUUCUAUUCAAAUAGAAAAUAUAUAAAAUUUAAAUAAUCUCUGAUAAAACUUCAAAGUAAAAGCACAUAUCCUAGUAAAACAUCACAAUAUUAAUUUGAAAACAUUAUUAUUAAUGUGUAAUUAAAAUGCCAUUUUAAAAAGAAUAUUAAAAGGCAACAACUCUACAGGGAGCUUACUAUAAAUAUUAAUUGUUUUAAACCAAAUAAAACAACUUCUGGGUCAGUCAUCUCCAAUAGGUAUAGUUUAGUCUAAAAAUGAAUUAAUUUCCAGUGAUAACUGUAGUUCUUAUUUGAUAAUAGAUAUUAAAGAUAUUAACAAUAAAGCUUAGAGCAUAAUAAGAAAUAAAAUUUUAUUUUUAAAAGAGUAAAUAUAUUCCAGAAAUUUGAGUAAUUUAAUAUGACACUAACCCCAAAAUCUGAUCAUUUAAUAAUACUUUGUUAAGACUUUAACCAUACUUCAUCCCACACUUCUUGGCAAUUACUUUUAAAAUAUGAAUUCAGAGAUAAAUUAUUCCAAACUAUAAAAAGCAAGUAGUAACUUUUUCCUAAGUAAUCUAGCAUGCAAUAUUACAAAUCUGAGUGCAGUAACUGCCUAGGACUCUAAGCGCCGCUGUUCACCUACUUGGAGAUAAAUGCAACCAAAAACCGUCCGGAUACUCUGGGCUCCCACCUCACAAAGACCCGCAGAUCUCACAAACCAACUGCAGGACCGCAGCAAAAUUCCGCCCCUAAAUUUGGGAAACUCCAGCUUUCCAUAAGCUGAUCUGCAAAGCAGCAACAAGGUAAAGAAGACAUAUAUGCCCAGUGAAGAUUCUGAGUGGAUUCCUUAGUGAAAGAACAAUGGCCACUCCAAAGAAUUACCGAGGACGCGGCGAUCUGGUACUGCUGUGCGCGCUCCUGGGCACGCUAGGGGAGAUCGGGAGAGGACAGAUCCACUACUCCGUGCCUGAAGAGAGCGACAAAGGAUACUUCGUGGGGAACAUCUCCAAGGACCUGGGGCUGGAGUCACAAGAGCUGGCGCAGCACGGAGUCCACAUCGUCUCCAGAGGUAGGAUGCAGCUCUUUGCUUUGAACCCGGGAAGCGGCAGCUUAGUCACCGCGGGCAGGAUAGACCGGGAGGAGCUCUGCGCUCAGAGCGCGCGGUGUCUUGUAAAUAUUAACAUCCUGGUUGAGGAUAAAGGGAAACUUUGGGGAAUAGAAAUAGAAAUCACUGAUAUCAACGAUAAUAAUCCGAAGUUCCAGGUCGACAAUCUGGAAGUAAAAAUUAACGAAAUUGCUUUGCCCGGAACACGUUAUCCACUCCCAGGGGCUGUUGACCCCGAUGUGGGCUUGAAUUCCCUGCAGAGCUAUCAGCUCAGCCCCAAUCACCACUUCUCCCUGGACGUGCAAACUAGAGACGACGGAACUACAAGCCCAGAGCUGGUGCUGGAGAGCGCCCUGGACCGCGAGGAGGAGGCUGCUCACCGUCUGGUCCUCGUCGCCUCCGAUGGAGGCGAACCGCGUCGCUCCAGCACAGUGCACAUCCGAGUGACAGUGUUGGAUACAAACGACAAUGCCCCGGUUUUUGCUCAACCGAUUUACCGAGUGAAAGUCCCAGAGAACGUGCCCCCGGGCACCCGGCUGCUUACUGUAAGCGCUAGCGACCCGGAUGAGGGAACCAACGGAGAAGUGGCUUAUAAAUUCUGGAAAAUUAGUGAAAAACAAUCUCCGUUAUUCCAGCUUAAUGAAAAUACUGGCGAAAUAUCAACAGCAAAGAGUUUAGAUUAUGAAGAAUGUGCAUUUUAUGACAUGGAAAUACAGGCUGAAGAUGUGGGGGCACUUCUGGGACGGACCAAAGUGCUCAUUUCAGUGGAAGAUGUCAAUGAUAAUAGACCCGAAGUGACCAUUACAUCUUUGUUUAGCCCAGUCUUGGAAAAUACUCUUCCUGGGACAGUAAUUGCCUUCUUGAAUGUGCAUGACAGAGACUCUGGGAAGAAUGGUCAAGUUGUCUGUUACACACGUGAUAACUUACCCUUUCAAUUAGAAAAAUCAAUAGAUAAUUAUUAUAGAUUGGUGAUAUGGGAAUAUUUGGACCGAGAAAAGAUCUCUAUGUAUAAUAUAACAGUGAUGGCCUCAGAUCUAGGAACCCCACCUCUAUCUACUGAAAUUCAUAUUGCCCUGCACGUGGCAGACACCAACGACAAUCCACCCAUUUUCCCUCAUGCCUCCUACUCAGCCUAUAUCCCGGAGAACAACCCCAGAGGUGCCUCCAUCUUCUCUGUGACGGCCCAUGACCCUGACAGUGGCAACAAUGCCCAGGUCACUUACUCCCUGACAAAAGACACCAUCAUGGCGACGCCUCUCUCGUCUUAUGUCUCCAUCAACUCUGACACUGGCGUCCUAUAUGCGCUGCGCUCCUUUGACUAUGAGCAGAUCCAAGACUUGCAGCUACUGGUGACAGCCAGUGACAGCGGGGACCCUCCACUCAGCAGCAACGUGUCACUGAGCCUGUUCAUCCUGGACCAGAACGACAAUGUGCCAGAGAUCCUGUACCCCAUGCUUCCCACCGAUGGUUCCACGGGUGUAGAGCUGGCACCCCGCUCUGCAGAGCCCAGCUACCUGGUGACCAAGGUGGUGGCUGUGGACAGAGAUUCAGGUCAGAACGCCUGGCUGUCCUACCGCCUGCUCAAGGCCAGCGAGCCGGGACUCUUCGCGGUAGGGCUGCACACGGGCGAGGUGCGCACAGCGCGGGCCCUGCUGGACAGAGACGCGCUCAAGCAGAGCCUGGUGGUGGCGGUCCAGGACCAUGGCCAGCCCCCUCUCUCUGCCACCGUCACACUCACCGUGGCAGUGGCCAGCAGCAUCCCAGAAGUCCUUGCCGACCUGGGUAGUAUCAGGACCCCCACCAGCUCUGAUGAUUCAGACCUCACACUAUACUUGGUGGUGGCAGUGGCCGUUGUUUCCUGCAUCUUCCUCGCCUUUGUCAUUGUGCUGCUGGCUCUCAGACUGUGGCGGUGGCACAAGUCGAGUCUUCUCCAGGCUUCGGGCGUCGGGUUGGCAGGCCUGCCAGCCUCAGGCUUUGUGGGCAUGGAGGGAGUACAGGCUUUCCUGAAGACAUAUUCCCAUGAGGUCACCCUUACCUCUGAUUCGCGGGGGAGUCACGUGAUCUUCCCGCAGCCCAACUAUGCGGACACGCUCAUCAGCCAGGAGAGCUGUGAGAAAAAGGAUUCCUUGUUAACAUCCAGAGAUUUUCAUGAAUGUAGGGAUGAAGCUGCUUCUGUUCAGGUGAGUUCAGUUCUUUGUUUACGUUUAUUUCUUAGAGGAAUUAUAUUUUUUAUACAUUUGUGUUUUGAAACAUGCACUGCGAAGAAAGUUUAAAAAUAAUUUUAAGGUGUACCACAAAGUUUUGGGUUUGUGUUAGUGAUACCAUAAAAUUGAGUUCUAAUCAACAUAAUUGUUUU